AUGCCUUCUUCUAUUCUCAAAUGCAUUAUAUGCCCCAGGAAGCCCAAUUUCAGUGAUGUGUCACACCUCCUGACCCAUGUUAGCUCCAAGGGUCAUCUCUCCCACUACUUCAAGCUCCAGGUGAGAAGUCACCAGGAGCCUGAAGCUGGCGAAUUGCUAGCUGCCUAUGACCAGUGGUACAAAGAGCAUAACCUUGCUGGCUUGCUUUCAGAACGCAUGCUCACUAAGGAAGCCAAGAAGAGUAAUUCCAACUCUGCCCCUGUUGGAAAUGCCUCGUCCAUUCGCAAACCCUCCAAAGUGAGGGACAGUCGUUCGGCCCCCAAACCCCCUGAACAGCCAGCUAGCACUAGUCAUCUCCCGGAAUACUUAGAUCCGCGGAUGUCUCUCCCAUACAUUGCUGCCGACAACAGUCACACUCACAUCCAAGAAGCUCCACGGCAUACCGCUGCUGCAAAUACUGCUUCUAUAAAAGCACAAGCUCCAAGUGCUCCGCUGUGGCCUAGGUGCCAUCCUAGCCUGCUGUUAACUACUUCAACAGAAAAUACGAUUGGUUGGAAACCGGUGUCUGAUUCCUCAGCAUCCGAAGAGAUUAGUCCUGCUGGCCGACGGAAGAGACCUUGGGCUGAACAAUCUGAUAACUCUCGUACUUCUACGCUGCGUCGACCAAGACGCCCGGUCACUCCUGACCCGUUUGUGGACAAUGGCUCACCAGAGUAUGCCGCUGACGACGAUUAUGAGGAAUCUCCAGCAAAAAGGGAUGAAGCCACGAGGCUUAAAGGUAUUUUAUGGCCUGGUAUGGAUAUUUUUGACUCGGCUACCGAACAAAUGAGGAAGAAAAGAAAUCAGAAAAAGGAUAUCAGCAUUUUGAAACAAAUGGAAAAGACAUCUGAAGAUGUUGAAGCGACAGAAUUGGUUUUCUCUCCAGGAGGAACACUGCGUCGGGAGCGCCCCAUCUCGGGGGAAGUCGAAGACAGUAGCCCUCUCACCGGGGAAACUCCGAUUCCUAAGCGAAUACCACGACCCAGACGACGCCCGCUUGCUCAGUCAAGCACUAACCUCUUCAAUCUAAGAGGCCAACGGAGAAAGCCAACCAAAGCGGAUCGUCGUCGCCACACCGAUUCUCUGGAGGAGUUAUCCAGACACGCAUUGCCCCUUCUUGAUGGCUCUCCCACAAGCCGUUCCCUACAGUAUUUCGGUAGCCAUUACGCUGCGGGGGAUGAAGACUUCAAGUUAACGUUUACUGACUAUGAGCAAAAGUCUCGUCUUGGAUUUGCAAUCUUCAACGACAACAAGGAACAGGUGCAGGCGGCCUUUCGUGAGGCCAUCUCCCGUGGAGGGGACGGUACAAUAGAUGCCGCGAAUGCUGCACACGAUGCCAAGCCCUCACUUGGCACUUUUACAGGCCCUCGUCUAUUUCAUCCGUCUGGUGCCUCGAGCAAUUACCAGUUUCACGCAUCCAAGCCAUACAGCCAUACCCGGCCCACUGCUAUUCCGGAAUGCACCAUUGGAAAAGAGAAUGUCGAGCCUAUCAUGAAUUCUAAUGGACGGGUUGAAGCCCAUGCCGGCCAUAGCAACUGGGCUGGACAGCAAUCUGUCGAAGAAGGUCGAUACUCAGCCCAAUACUUUUAUGGAUCUGCUUCGCAGCAGAGUUUUGGGGCGUUUCCUGAGAACGAUGGAUUUGGGUAUUCAUGCAACCCCUUGUCGUUCUCAUAUUCUCAAACCCAACCUUGUGAUGGGCUGAGCGUUGCUACUCCUCGGUCUCACGCUACGCUUGUAGUGCAUGAGAAAGCCCAAAAAGCGGGCGCCAUCUCGCCAGACGGAACGGUAUCGGACGUCGACCGAGAAGAGUACGGAGAUAUCUAUCUUGAUAACCUUACACGGUGA